UGCUGAUUGUUUUAUAUGCUGUGCUUAUAGUUUGUAACUCGCAACUGCAACUUCAAAUAUUACUAUAUCCGAAAAAAUCUAGUACAAACUACAAAUAUGUUUUUUGACAUUUAAUCUGAUUUUUACAUAAUUUUUAUUUCAAGAAAUAGUGCAAUUAAAAUAAUGGUGCUUACAUGCAAUAAUAAAUCUUAUGUAAUAAACUAAAUUCACCACAAUUUUAAAAAUACAGAUUAGUAUGACAAUAACAUCUUGAUGACAUAGUCUUCCAAUAUGGCAAAAACUGCCCAUCACGAUCCACACACAAAUAAACUGAACAAUACACAAAUCGUUUUGACUAGUCUGGUUGCUGGGGCUAUCGCUGGUGCCCUCGCAAAAACCACUAUAGCUCCCCUUGAUAGAACAAAAAUUAAUUUUCAAAUUGGCCACAAGCCAUAUUCAACGAGAAAGGCAUUCAAAUUCCUCCUGGAAACUUUUAAAAAGGAGGGAUUCUUUGCGCUAUGGAGGGGAAACAGUGCCACUAUGGCACGUAUCGUACCGCAUGCUGCUAUUCAGUUCACUGCGCACGAACAGUGGAAAAGGGUGUUGAAAGUCGAUCAGUCUGGAAAAACUCCAGGCAAAUUGUUCCUAGCUGGUUCCUUAGCUGGAGUCACUUCGCAGUCACUCACAUACCCCCUCGACUUAGCCAGGGCCCGGAUGGCUGUAACACAUAAACACGAAUAUGCCACAUUAAGACAAGUUUUCGUUAAAAUAUAUUAUACUGAAGGACUAAUGACUUUUUACCGAGGAUAUAUACCCACGAUGGGAGGUGUCGUAAUAUAUGCCGGUGUUUCUUUUUUUACUUACGAUACUUUGAAGAGAUUAUUUAGAGAGCGUAUAGACAGUAGUCAUAAUCCUCCUGCCAUCGCUUCUUUAGGGUUUGGAGCAGUAGCCGGUUUACUGGGACAGUCCAGCAGUUAUCCGUUGGAUAUUAUUAGGAGGCGGAUGCAGACGGACUCGUCUGGCAAAUAUAAAAGCAUUUUUCAUACGCUUGUUUAUGUUUACAGGAACGAAGGUAUAAGAAAGGGUUUCUAUAAGGGUCUGUCAAUGAAUUGGAUAAAAGGUCCAAUAGCCGUUGGGAUUAGUUAUGCAACAUAUGAUAAUGUUAAAGUUUUCUUACGGAACAUUUUAGUGAAAUAUAGAAGUAAGUUGUACAUAGAAUAAAUUGAUAUUAAUUGAAAUGCAUUAAAUACUGUGUCAAUUAAAAUAUUUUUUUAGGUAUUUUUUAUUAAAUGAUUAUUUAUAUUGUACUAUUGUACUGCUUCGAACAGAAAGUUAUUUAUUAAAUUGUUAUCGGGUU